AUGGCAUCUUGGAGGGCGGAGUCGUCGCCGAUGGCCCCGCCUCCUUCAACUCAACCUGAAUCGACACUGCCUUCGAGGUGGAGGCUCAAGGCAGACAGUGGUCGCCUUUCCCCAGGGAGAUCAGAGAAAGCAAACUUCAACAGUAAUACAGCCUAUGACCCAGAAUUGCUUGGUGUGCAACGUGCAAGCAGAGUCGGAAUGACUGCUCAUUUGCUUGAGGAUCCAAAUUAUUACAAACUUGUGCCUGACUAUAUACGCGAUGAAACUGCUGUUGACGGUGUUGGACAUCCUCUCACACUGUUCUCGGAGGUCACCCAUCGUUCGAAGAACUUCAUAACGCAAGAUAUCCGCGCUCAUCCACACCCCUUCUACACUGUGGCGAUAACCCCGCUUCCAGUCCCAUCAUUACAUUCCCUUCCAGAGCGAACUUCCUCUAAAGACACAAUGAAGAACAUUUUCUCGAGAAGAUUUCUGUUCCCCAACGUCGUCCUUGCUAUCGUCCUCCUGUCCCUUGGCUUCGUGGGACUCUCCUCCAGGUCGUACGAAGAACGGAUCGGGAGGCCCUUGGAAGCAAAGGCCGUGCGGGACACGGCGGGAAGUAGAGACGAAGGCAUGGUUGCUCAGACUCAGAAGAGGAGGGAAGGCAAAGGAGUUUAUCUUUUAGGAAGAAGGGAGAAGAGCGUUAACAAGAAGGUGUUUGCGAAGGAGAUGAGUAACAGGGAUGCUUUGCCUUCGAUCGAGCCGUCUGGAGGAGCCGCUCUGAUGAGUCUCGAUCUCGCGGAGUAUAGCCCAGAGGACCGCGCAGUGCUAACCGGCCGACUCGGUGUCCUGAGAGCGCGCGCGUCUGUAGUCUCCCGUGUCUGCAGUUCGACUCCCGCACUCUUCGAAAUGCCGACGAAUGAUCCCUUUAUAUGGGACACGAAGCAUAGUCCGAAUAUUGUCUGGUGUCCUGUGUAUAAGGUCGCUUCUACAACCUGGAUGAACAAUUUCUUCAUCCUCGCUAAUCGUAGCAAAAUCGAUAAAAAUCUUCCUCGGAGGUUUAACGAAGCCAGGCAGAAGAAAGAGCAAAGGGGAAUAAACGUAAGCCAAUCUCUAGAAAAAAAAAUAUUAUGUAGGCUUAUAAGUUUAGAUGGUUUUAGUGGUUAA